GUUUCGUCUAACACUGCCGUGAGCACGAUCGGCUUGACCACAUCAUUCGGCUGGCAAGCAUCGGAAGUGCUUCAGCAACAAGAUAUUCAUGAAUUGUGUCGCGUCAUGUUUGAUGCGUUAGAAAAGAAAUUGAAAUCGGAAAAAUCCGCUCGGCAGACUUUGAAAGAGAAUGACGCCCAAGGGGAUUAUGUUGUGGUCGAUCAUGCCCAGAGCACGCAUCACGAUCUCAUCAAUCGACUGUACCAAGGUCAACGUUUCGAUCGCGUUCGAUGCUGUGUGUGCCAGUCGGUCAGCAACAAACCGGCUACAUUUUUGGAUAUCCAAGUUCCUCUUCGUCCAUUCGGUCUGGAUGUCUCCUCGUACUCAAGCUUGGAUGAAGCUUUUCGUGCCAUGCUCGAACCGGAACGUUUGGAUGGUCCGAACCAGUACUACUGUUCACAUUGUGGUGUAAAACAAGACGCGAUGUUGGACUGUGUGUACGAACGAAUGCCCUAUUUGUUGUCGUUGCAAUUGAUGCGGUUCACAUUUGAUCCGCGUACCGGGAAUCGGAUCAAACUGCACGAUCGAGUCAGUUUCCCGCUUGAAGAUUGGGACAUCACUGAAUUUAUUGUCCCAUCGUGUGAUUCACCUAAUUCAGCCAAUAGUUCCGGCCCCAGUUGUGGUGCUCGGGGUGACAGUGAGCUGUUUGAUGACGACGAGGCAGUGGUGUGCAGUCUGAAUGAGGAUGGCCAACAAUACACCGGCUCCGGAGUGAACGGGGUUCUGUCUGCAAGCAGUACGACUGAACCGAUUGAAGAUGAAGACAUUGAGCUUGGUACGGACAGUGGAGCCAAUAGCGGGAUUGAUAGUAGUGCGUUCUUGUUUGCACAUGAUUUGCAGUUUCGACCUAUGAAAUGCUUCCACACGACUCCGCAUAAUGACCGACCGCAGUUUAUGGAAGUGCCAGCUCAUAACAAACACGCUUAUCCAUUGAAAGACCCGGCGGUUGCGACAACUUCAGCCGAAGGACACAUCUUGGAUCGUACACCCACGAAAGUCACCGCCAUGGAGACGAAACACACAGCACAAGGUUCGACUAUUUCAAAACCCCCAUCCAAAUGGGUUUACACAUUGUUUUCGAUCGUGGUUCACUCGGGGUCAAUCAGUGGAGGCCAUUACUAUGCCUACAUCAAAUCUUUCACGGACAAUCAAUGGUAUCAAUUUAACGACCGACAUGUCACAAAGGCCAGUUAUACGGACUUGUUAAAUACGUUUGGUGCGAAACAAACAUCCUAUGCAAGCAGAGCUAGUGCCUAUUAUCUGAUGUAUCGUCGUAUCGAUCCUUUGGCCAAUGAAGAUUUUCUCUCCGAAGACCAAUUCCCACCUCACAUUGCUGAAAUUCAAAUCCGUGCGGAAGAGGCGGAAGAAGAGGCCAAACGUAUUCGUGCAAUGUCUCUGUGCAAGAUAUCCGUUUUUACACGCUCACCGGGUACCAAUGAAGUUAUCACGUCUUUGGUCAGCGUUUACAAAGAUCAAACAAUGGACGAUGCCAUCAUUUCUGCACGUGCGGCCCUCUUGCCCCUUUACGCAGAUUCGAAAGACGUCAGUUGUCGCCUCAUACAAUACUCUCAGAAUCACGACUGUUUCGGACAGUCUGUGGAUUAUGCUGUCUGGCACCGGACUACCAGUCAUGAGAAUGCAAUAUCUCAGCGAGACAGCAAUGACCUUCUCGGUUACUCAGAUCACGAAGUCCCACCACCACCGCCACGGUCAACCGAAGCCUCGACAUCAACGUGUGCGCUGGGAUCCAUCCACACCGAGGAACCGAAAGCUGCUCCAGCAUGCGGUACAGUUGGUCCACUUUUGGUGGAUGAGUUCAUAAACAAAACUCGCACUCUGUGGCUGGAACAUCGUUUAAAUGUGCCAGGGGCUCUUGAAUCCUCGUCGGUGGUGAACCAGUGGCGAACUUACGAACCCAAAGGUAAAUUUAUUUUCCCCAUGUCACGUUUCUCCAAUGAGUUGACUGUGGUUCUUAUGAGAUAG